CUAUAUAGGUCAGAGCAGGUUUCUGGGCCCCAGGGAGUGAAACUAAUUCUCAGUUGCUCUCCCUUCAGAGCCAUGGCUGCAGAGAACCAUAUACAGUGUCUCCAGGAUGCUGCAACUUGCUCCAUCUGCCUGGAGUUCUUCAAGGAUCCAGUGAUGAUUACAGAUUGUGGGCACAACUUCUGCCAAGCCUGCAUCACGCCGUGUGAGGAAGGGUUGCAUUCAGACAUCUUCUGUCCUCAGUGCAGAGAGACUUUUCCCCAGAGGAACCUCAGGCCUAACAGGCAGCUGGUGACUGUUACAGAUGUAACAAAGCGACUGAGUAUGUGGGCAGCUCAAAGAGGGGAGCGAGUGUGUGAGGAACAUGCAGGCGCCUUGAAGCUCUUCUGUGAAAUGGACCAAAAACCUCUGUGCUUGAUCUGCCGAGAGUCCUGGGCACACCAAGCUCAUGCUGUGGCUCCCAUUCAGGAGGCUGCCCAGCGGUACAAGAAGCAAAUUCAGAUGCACCUGGAGAAUCUCGUGGAAGAAAGAAGAAGGCUCGAAGAACUGAAACUGACUGAAACUCAGAAACACCAGAAAUAUCAGCAAAAGGCAGCAGCCGAGAGGCAGAAGAUUGUGUCUGAAUUUGAGCAACUGCGGCAGUUCCUAGAGGAACAAGAGCAACUCCUGUUGGCCUGGCUGGGAGAGCUAGACAGGGAGAUAGAGAAGAGUCAGGAGGAAACUGGUAGCAAACUCUCUGAGCAAAUUUCUGAUCUCAACAGCCUGAUCAGGGAGAUGGAGGAGAAGUGCCAGCAGCCACCAAGUGACCUCCUGCAGGACAUCAGAAGCUCACUGAGAAGGUGCAAGAGAGGGGAGUUCCAGCUUCUGGGGAUGAUUUCCCCUGGCCUGGAAAUAAGACUCAGGAACUUGUCUGAACAAAAUCUAACUCUCAAGGAGACUUUCAGGAAGUUUCAAGAUGCUCUGCCAUCUGACCUGGAAAAGGGUAUGCGGGAACCUCAGGGAUCGUAUAACAAGGUGAAGGUGACUCUGGACCCAGACACGGCUCAUCCCCAGCUCUCCCUGUCUGAGGAUUGGACAAGUGUCAGAGGUGCAGACACACAGCAGGAUCGGCCCAACAUACCUGAGAGAUUUGACAUGUGGUGCUGCGUGCUGGGCCGUGAGGGAUUCACCUCAGGGAAGCACUGCUGGGAGGUGGGGGUGGGGAAAGGGGAAGGCUGGGCUCUGGGGGUCGCCAGAGAGUCUGUGAGGAGGAAGGGACAGAUCAGCCGUAACCCUGACGGGGGGAUCUGGGCUGUGCAGUGGUGGGAGGGUGACUUCUGGGCUCUCACUGCCCCUGGGCCUACCCCCCUGUCCCUGAAGCAGGUCCCCAAGAGGGUCCGGGUGUAUCUGGACUAUGAAGGAGGGAAAGUGGCAUUUCUAGAUGCUGAUACUGAGGAUCCAAUCUACACCUUUCCACCAGCCUUUUUUGCUGGAGGUAAGAUCCACCCAUGGCUUUGGGUCUGCAGAGGAUCCCAGCUCACACUGUGAGGCACAUGGGAAUGAAGAAACAGACUGCUCUUUAUGACCCACUCCAGCCGUCCCUGUGCUAUAAUCCAGAACCUGCUUAAGAUGGCAGGCUGCAGUUUGGAUAGACCAGCCUAUCCCAUUUUAUCAGGUGUUACUAGAUCUGGGAUGAAGAGCCCCUGGAACUGCAGAAGGAGCAAAGGUGCCCUAAGGGGCCUGGAGGCACUGGUGAGGUUUCAGUGAUCAACAUAAUUCUGCGGGUUGUUGAGGGAAAGGGGGUAUCACUAAUUUCAGGCCUGUGGGAUAAAGAGAUGUUGGUGCAGCAGAGAAAGAAUGAAUUAGGAUUUGCGAGCUUGGGGAGAACAGACAAUUCAGCAAUGGAAGGACUGACCAAGAACAUAACAUAUAUUCCCUAAGACCCUAAUUCUCAAACCAGGGAGUUGGUGAUGAGUAGUUCACUAUUCACUUUAUCCACACCCUUCACGAUUCCACAGACUUCUGUCAUAUCCCCCCCUUGGCCUUCUCCUUUUCAAACUGAUGAGUCCUAGGCUUUUCAGUCUCUCCAGGUUUGGCAGCUGCUCCAUACCUCCGGUCAUCUAUGUUGCUUUUCUCUGUACUUUCUCUAAUUCCACAACAUCCUUUCCAUGAUGUGGGGACCAGAACUGCAUGCAUCAUUCUAGAUAUGAGUGCACCAUGGGUUUAUACACUAACAUAGUGAUGUUUUCUGCUGUAGAGCCCUGGUUGAGGAUGGAUGUUAUGUUGGCCAUUCACCUGUCCUGUGGCACAGAGGCUAUUUGUCAUGAUAGAUUACACACUGUUGCCAAGAGUUCUGCAGUUUCUCAUUUGAGUUUCUCCAGAAUUCUUGGCCAUGUGAAUAAUAUCAUCUGUUCCCAGCAACUUGCUGCUGUUUAAUUGAUCAAUUUGCUCUACAGCCUCCUCUCCUGUCACUUCAAUUUGAUUUGUCUCUAGAUUUCUCUCUUUAGAAAAACUGAUCCAGUGUGGGGAUCUCCCUAAUAUCUUCUGUAGUAAAGACUGGUACAAAGAAUUCAUUUAGCUUCUCUGCCCUGGCCUUGCCAUCCCUAAAUGCACCUUGUACAUCAGCUGUCUGACUGGCUAUCUGCUUCUGAUGCUUUAUAAAAAAAAUGUAUAUUGCUAACUUCAGCAUCUUUCACAAAACACUUUUUUUUUGCCUGACUUCUUGCAUUUGACCAUCCAGAGUUUGCACAUUGUUCCUGUUUUCCUCAUCUGGACAUACCUUCCCUUUUGAAGUGAUGUCUUUUUGCCUUUCAUAUUCUCCUUAACUUGGCUAUUAAAUCAUGGACCACUAGGCACAGGCUUUUUUGAUCUGCAGCACACCUGAAGACUUUAAUACAAUAUUUUAAAACACUUCCAGGCUGCCAACUGGCCUUUUCCCCCUCCGCUCUUCCUUUUAACCUUUUUCUAACUCAUUUCUUCAUUUUUGUGUAAUUUACUUUACUAAAGUUAAAUAUCAAGGCAGUGGAUGUUUUUGCCUAACUCCUUUCCAUUAAAAAGCUGAAUUCUGAUUACAUCCUGAUUCCUAUUUCAGAGUGACUCACCUACCACUGCCCCAUGAACCAGGUCCUGUAUAUCACUCAGGAUUAGUUUUAGAAUUGCUGCUUCUCUUGUGAGCCUCAGGACUCAUUGUUCUAGAAAGCAAAACUUAGGCAGACAUUUUAUCUGUGGAUCUCACCUUUACCUAGUCUGUGGGCAUGUCUACAUGUGAAAUUAUUGUGCCUGAAACAACUCUAGUGCAGAUCUCACAGAAGUUUUUGCUCUUGGGUGUGCAGUUUGCACAUACACCCAGGACUGCAGCAUGUUGAGCCAGGGCAGAGCAGCUCUGGCUGGCAGGGAUCCCCGGGGUUCAGUCU